AUGAAGAUAAAGGACAGCGGGCUGGCACCUGGCCGCAGUCUCGGGGCACCGGCAGCAUCAGGGUUCAGCGGGUGUUUCUGGGUGCAGCCAAUAAUCGGCCAUUACUCAUUCGGCCAUUCCUCGGUGAGACCUUCCUGGGACGAGACCUUCCACAGCAGUGAGUCAAAGCCACAGUCCUUUGGACGAUGCCCUCAUCAUCGAGCUAAAGUGCCUGUUGUCAUCCAGGUAUUCCCCGGGACUUUAGCUGCAACAGCUACUCUGUGUUUCCUCACUGUCUCCUGCAACCUUACAGCUCUUCUGAAAAACUGCAUUUCAUACUGCACUGAACUCUGUGUCCUGUGUCGAUUUCUGUUAAGUAAUAGAUGCAGCAGCAGCAGCAGCAGCAGCAGCAGUAGCAGCAGCAGCUGCGGCCCCCUCCCCGGGAAACCCGUGUACUCGACCCCGUCCCCAGUGGAAAACACCCCUCAGAAUAAUGAGUGCAAAAUGGUGGAUCUGAGGGGGGCCAAAGUGGCUUCCUUCACGGUGGAGGGCUGCGAGCUGAUCUGCCUGCCCCAGGCUUUCGACCUGUUCCUGAAGCACUUGGUGGGGGGCUUGCACACGGUCUACACCAAGCUGAAGCGGCUGGAGAUCACGCCGGUGGUGUGCAAUGUGGAACAGGUUCGCAUCCUGAGGGGACUGGGCGCCAUCCAGCCCGGAGUGAACCGCUGCAAACUCAUCUCCAGGAAGGACUUCGAGACCCUCUACAAUGACUGCACCAACGCAAGUUCUAGACCUGGAAGGCCUCCUAAGAGGACUCAAAGUGUCACCUCCCCAGAGAACUCUCAUAUCAUGCCACAUUCUGUCCCUGGCCUCAUGUCUCCUGGGAUAAUCCCACCAACAGGUCUGACAGCAGCAGCUGCAGCAGCGGCCGCUGCUACCAACGCAGCCAUCGCCGAAGCAAUGAAGGUGAAAAAAAUCAAAUUGGAAGCCAUGAGCAACUAUCAUGCCAGUAAUAACCAACAUGGAGCAGAUUCUGAAAAUGGCGACAUGAAUUCAAGUGUUGGACUGGAACUUCCUUUUAUGAUGAUGCCCCACCCUCUAAUUCCCGUCAGCCUACCUCCAGCAUCUGUCACCAUGGCAAUGAGCCAGAUGAACCAUCUCAGCACCAUUGCAAAUAUGGCGGCAGCAGCUCACGUUCAGAGUCCCCCUUCCAGAGUUGAGACGUCUGUUAUUAAGGAGCGAGUCCCGGACAGCCCUUCGCCUGCACCCUCUCUGGAGGAGGGCCGGAGGCCUGGCAGCCACCCAUCAUCACACCGCAGCAGCAGCGUGUCCAGCUCCCCAGCACGGACCGAGAGCUCUUCUGACAGAAUCCCUGUCCAUCAGAAUGGGUUGUCCAUGAACCAGAUGCUGAUGGGUUUAUCACCAAACGUCCUCCCUGGGCCCAAAGAGGGAGAUUUGGCUGGUCAUGAUAUGGGACAUGAAUCGAAAAGGAUGCAUAUUGAAAAAGAUGAGACCCCGCUUUCCACACCAACCGCAAGAGACAGCCUUGACAAACUUUCUCUAACUGGGCAUGGACAACCACUACCUCCAGGUUUUCCGCCUCCUUUUCUGUUUCCUGAUGGAUUGUCUUCCAUAGAGACCCUGCUGACUAACAUACAGGGGCUCUUGAAAGUUGCCAUAGAUAAUGCCAGAGCUCAAGAAAAACAAGUCCAACUGGAAAAAACGGAGCUGAAGAUGGAUUUUUUAAGGGAAAGAGAAUUAAGGGAAACACUUGAGAAGCAGUUGGCUAUGGAACAAAAGAAUAGAGCCAUAGUUCAAAAGAGGCUAAAGAAGGAGAAGAAGGCAAAGAGAAAAUUACAGGAAGCACUUGAAUUUGAGACCAAACGGCGUGAGCAAGCAGAACAAACACUAAAGCAGGCAGCUUCUACAGACAGUCUCAGGGUCUUAAAUGACUCUCUGACCCCAGAGAUAGAGGCUGACCGCAGUGGCAGCAGAACAGAUGCUGAGAGGACAAUACAAGAUACAGCAAGGUACAUGCAAAAUAGACUGGUUGAAUGUUAA